AAUGGUGAACGUCCCCAAAAACAGAAAGACCUAUUGCAGAAAAUGUGGAAGUCAUUAAAGUUGCAAAGUGUCCCAAUAUAAAAAGAGCAAGGAAAGUCCAUUUGCUUAAGGUAGAAGAAGGUACGACAUGAAGCAAGCUGGUUAUGGAGGACAAACUAAACCUAUAUUCAGAAAGAAGGCAAAGACAACAAAGAAGGUUGCCUUAAAGUAUGACAUUUGUUAAUCCUUUUAGACUUGAAUGUGUUAAGUGUAAAUUGAAGUGGUUAAAGGUCAUCAAGAGAUGCAAGACUAUCGUAUUUGUUGAUGCCAAUCAACUUAAAAAAUAAUAAGAAGCUAAGAAAAAUGCCAAAUGAG